CUGCGGAGAGCGGUGAGCGUGAACGCUGGCAGGAGGUGAGGUAAGGGAGCAGCGAAGGUAGGUGCUGCCUGGGGAAAGGCGGAGGGGCGGCUUCUGGAAGUGCCAGCAGCAGAAUCAAGAGGGUUGUUUGUGGAGGACCAGGGGGCUUUCUCGGUCUUGGCGUUGCGGGGAGCGACUUUCUUACAGAAGCUGAUUGAGUGGGUGACCAGUUCCUCUCUCCUCCACGAUAGACUGCACCUGUCCCUGGAGACUCGUCGGUGACCGAGUGGGAAUCGUGAUACUCGGCAAAAUGGCUUCAAGUGCAGGAAUCGCUGCUGCUGCUGAUGUUCUGAGCAGCAAGAAUCUCGCUCUGGAGAGGUGUCUUGAUGUGCUGAAAGAUGCAAGUAAUGACAGUGAACAGUUUGCUGCUUUGCUUCUGGUCACCAAAGCAGCCAAAGCUGGAGAAAUUGACUCCAGUACCCGCCGGAGGAUCUUCGAUGCAGUCGGCUUCACGUUCCCAAAUCGCCUUUUGGCCACCAAAGAACCCCCGGAGGGCUGCCCCCAGCACACCUUUCAAGCCCUCGGCCUCACGCUGCUGGCCUGUUUCUGCACCGACCCAGAUCUGGCGCGACAUUCCCAGAUCCUAAACAAAAUCCCGACUUUCAGCGAUGUGAUUCUAGCUACCAAGCCAGGAGACAGUUCUUGUAGCUCCAUGAUCGAUGAUGCCUACCAGUGCCUCGGUGCGAUCUUGGCCACUCCCAAGGGGCCCAGGGAGCUGGUGAACAGGGGAGCCCUCUCGGCACUGUGUGAAGCCUACGUCAACCAUGGCUACGGCUACGACCAGGCUCUUCAGCUGCUCGUGGGGCUUUUGACGAUUGUGGAAGCUAAGUGUUGGCAGAGAGCCACUUCUGACCUCCUGGGUGUACUGAAUGCACUCGGUACCGAGUUCCAGAAGGCGGAAGACGUGACCAAAUUCCAGCUGUGCGAAGUCCUGCCCCACUUUGUCCCUCCCCGCCUCCCGGUGGACUCCGCCUGCCUGCCGUCCCUCUAUCGAGGCCUCUCCAGCAUUCUGACCAGCAAGCUGAGUGCGUCCCAGCGGGACCCUGCCCUGAUGCUGGCGGCCUGCCUGGCUCAGGCCUGUGGGUCCAAGUGGGUUCCAGCCGGGAGCUCUGGCGGCAAGUUCUUUGCCUUGCUGGCCAACUUGGCGUGUGUGGAAGUCCGCCUGUCUCUGGAGGAGCUGGACCUGGCCGAGGUGGACAAGAAGCAGGAGCUGGUGGCCGCUUGCUACUCCCUGAUGGAGCUCGCCAUUCUGGAGUGCACGAAGGAGGAGGGCUCUCUGCUGCGAGAGACACAGAAAGUGCAGCUGGUGGGGAUCCUGGAGGAGGCUUUUGGGGCUGUCAUUCACUACCUGAGACAGGUAGGGCGGGAGAAGCAAACGGACCCUUUCAUCUUCGCCUCUGUCCGAAUCCUUGGGGUCUGGCUGGCCGAAGAAACGUCCUCCCUCAAGCAGGAGAUCUGUGACCUCCUCCCUUUUCUCAUGCAUUAUGCCAAGACCCUGUUCGAAGAGGAGAGGAAGGUCAAAAGCGGUUUGCAGCAUGAGAUGGAGCAGGCUGGGCAAAGCUGCACCCAGAAGCCAAUGUUGCGAAGGGAUGCUCUCAGGUUUCUGUUACCUGGACUAAGCCAUCUGACUGCAGAGGAUCGACCCCGUGAGAUCCUCAUUUCAGAAGGGGCGCCUGUUCUCCUGUGCCAGUAUUUCCUGCACCAGUGGGAGGUGUUUGCUUCAGAUUCUAAUACCCCUUUUCGCUCGGAAGUCGUCAAAACCAGUCUUCAGACGGCUUGUGAAAUUUUCCUGAAUUUGGUUGUGACUGCUCCUUAUUUAAUCAGCCGAGAAGAGAGUUUUGUGGCAUUGAUGGACGUGUUGCUGAAGUCGCUUCCUUCCCUCUGUGGCAGUCCUGAGCACCUUAGCCUGAUGGCCAACAUGUCAACCUUGGGGCUCAUGAUGGCCAGGAGGCUGUCCGCUCACCCAGUUCUCCAGGGGACCCCGGAAGCCGAGGGCUUCUUUGCUGCCGCCAUCCGAUUCCUGGCAGGAGCCUACGUGGCCCAGACCGCUCCUGCUGGCGAGAGUGUGGUCUUGAGCGUUUCCCCAGCCUACGAGGCAGCCUGGCCGGCCAUCCGCGAGUUGUGGUUCCUGGGGAUGCAGGCCUUUGCCAGCUGCGUCCCGCUCUUCCUGUGGCUGCCGCAGGACGUCCUGCGCUCCGGUUGGCUUCAGGAGCUCCUGGUGUUGCUGGGUUGUGUGGUGCCAAAGUCGGUGGAUCUGGAGCUUGUCACUGCCUUCCAAGGGGUCUUGGUGGAGUUGGCCCGAGCCAGUCAGCCCUGUUUGGAGGUGAUCCAGCAGCACCGGGGGCUGGAGCUGGCCAAUCUGUAUGGCAUGGCGGCCUUGGAGCAAUGUGUCUGUGAGCAGUGAGCACGCUUUCGAAAGCGUGGUGUGUUGCAUUGUGUUUCCUUCAUCCCACUGUGUGCAUUUGUCGGACAGAUGCUCUGUGAUCGGUAGGACAUGAUGUCUUGGGCCUUGCUUCCCAGAUGGCUGCGAUUUGUGUUGCCAAAGUGUUAUCCAACCGAUUGUGAUCUCGAAUCAAGUGCCGUUUCCUUGCUCUCUGUAGUACCGUUGAGCAACGCGAAAGAAAACAGGCCUGCCCGCCCAUGAUGGGUCAAGAAAGAGUUUAUGCCGAUGCAUGUUGGUGCUGUAUGACACUGUGAAGUGCUGUAAUGCAUGUAAUGAAGUGCUGUGAUCCAGAACCUACAGGUUAUGUUUGUGUGUUUAUGUAUUUAAAGGAUUUAAAGCCCACUUCUUGACCGAAUGGUCCUCAAGGCAGCUUACAACGGAUUGCAGUAAUAGAUUUAAAAACGAACAAAAAUGCACGCAUGUACAGCUUUGUAGUUGUUAGCUCUCUGGCCCAUGGCAGAGACUGCUUCCCUCUUCUUCUGCCAUCCCCUGAACGCUGGAUGUGGAACAAAGAAAUGCUAAAGAAACUCUGGUAGUCUAGGGAGGAAGAGGAGGAAUGUCUUGCAGUAUAUAGCUACAGAAAGCUCAUUGUACCUAAGGUGCCCUUUCAGUAACCUCAACUGGAGUCCUGGGUAGGCAUAAGCCAUGUUUUUGGGGGUCAUAAUGGGUAGAUUUCAGACGAUCUCAUUGGUGGUUGUCUCAGGACUCUGGCGUUGUUGGAGCGGUUUUCUUGAGAGAAGGUGAAUUUCUCGUGGGUUGGGCAACAAAGUCAAAGCAACUUCUCUGUUCAAAAAAUGGAUCGCUUUUUUGAAUCGACCGUAGUUGAUCGGAGAGGGGCCUCCCAGGCCACGUGUGAACUUAAAUGGGACCUUCUGAAUGUAAGCCAGACCCUCCGAACCGUCACGCUUGCUUGUUUUGGCCUUUUUGUAUCGUUCAGAAGCUGGGCUCCUGGAUGCAGCCAAUCUGUAUCGUGUUGUUGAGUGGCGGGUUGGAGCAACCCAUGAUGCUUUUGCCUUGGCUCACUUUCUCCUGGCAUUGCCAGCACAAUCAAUAAAGUGGUUUGGCUUAUAA